GGCGCACUCGAGCCAGCGCACAGGGACCGCGGCUGUCACGGCGCUCCGAGCAUCCCGGGGCUUCCCGAGCGGAAGAGUCCAUCCCUGCGGGAGCUAAGGGUGCAGCCCCAGCCCUCCCGCUCCUCUCUGGGAGCCUCACGCCUCGGGCGAGCGUCCGUGAUUUAGCACAAAGCACGUUUCCAAAAAGCCGCGCUCUCACGCACGCACCCCCUCCCCUCUUUGUUUCGGGGGUCGCCAGACCGCUCUCCUCCCCAAGUCUGAAUUCUUCAGAAGGGGCGGAGGGCCGCCGAGUCUCGGCUGAGAAGAUGCCCCUGGAGCUGACUCAGAGCCGGGUGCAGAAGAUCUGGAUCCCGGUCGACCACCGCCCCUCGUUGCCCAGAUCCUGUGGGCCAAAGCUCACCAACUCCCCAACGGUGAUCGUCAUGGUGGGCCUCCCAGCCCGGGGGAAGACGUACAUCUCCAAGAAGCUGACCCGCUACCUCAACUGGAUUGGCGUCCCCACGAAAGUGUUCAACGUGGGCGAGUACCGCCGGGAGGCCGUGAAGCAGUACAGCUCCUACAACUUCUUCCGCCCUGACAAUGAGGAGGCCAUGAAAGUCCGCAAGCAGUGUGCGCUGGCUGCCUUGAGAGAUGUCAAAAGUUACCUGACGAAGGAAGGGGGCCAAAUUGCAGUUUUCGACGCCACCAAUACUACUAGAGAGAGGAGACACAUGAUCCUUCAUUUUGCCAAAGAAAAUGAUUUCAAGGUGUUUUUCAUUGAGUCUGUGUGUGAUGAUCCUACAGUUGUGGCCUCCAACAUCAUGGAAGUGAAAAUCUCCAGCCCGGAUUACAAAGACUGCAACUCAGCAGAAGCUAUGGACGAUUUCAUGAAGAGAAUUAAUUGCUAUGAAGCCAGCUACCAGCCCCUCGACCCCGAUAAAUGUGACAGGGACCUGUCCCUGAUCAAGGUGAUCGACGUGGGCCGGCGGUUCCUGGUGAACAGGGUCCAGGACCACAUCCAGAGCCGCAUCGUGUACUACCUGAUGAACAUCCACGUGCAGCCCCGCACCAUCUACCUGUGCCGGCACGGGGAGAGCGAGCACAACCUCCAGGGCAAGAUCGGAGGGGACUCGGGCCUGUCCAGCAGGGGCAGGAAGUUCGCCAAUGCCCUGAGCAAGUUUGUGGAGGAGCAGAACCUGAAGGACCUCAAGGUGUGGACCAGCCAGCUGAAGAGCACCAUCCAGACGGCGGAGGCCCUGCAGCUCCCCUACGAGCAGUGGAAGGCGCUCAACGAGAUUGACGCCGGCGUCUGUGAGGAGAUGACCUACGAGGAGAUCAAAGACACCUACCCCGAGGAGUACGCGCUGCGCGAGCAGGACAAGUACUACUACCGCUACCCCACCGGGGAGUCCUACCAGGACCUGGUCCAGCGCCUGGAGCCUGUGAUCAUGGAGCUGGAGCGGCAGGAGAACGUGCUGGUCAUCUGCCACCAGGCCGUCCUGCGCUGCCUCCUGGCCUACUUCCUGGACAAGAGCGCAGAGGAGAUGCCCUACCUGAAAUGCCCCCUUCAUGCUGUCUUGAAGCUGACGCCUGUCGCUUACGGCUGCCGAGUAGAAUCCAUCUACCUGAAUGUGGAGUCCGUGAGCACGCAUCGGGAGAGGUCAGAGGAUGCAAAGAAGGGACCUAACCCGCUCAUGAGACGCAAUAGUGUCACCCCACUAGCCAGCCCCGAGCCCACCAAAAAGCCUCGCAUCAACAGCUUUGAGGAGCAUGUGGCCUCUACCUCCGCUGCCCUGCCCACCUGCCUGCCCCCGGAGGUGCCCACGCAGCUGCCCGGACAACCUUUGCUAGGGAAAGCCUGUUUACGAACUGUCUGUCAUAUUUUCUCAAAGUUUUCUCCUUACUAACCUUGGAAAGAACAUGAAAGGCUCCCCGAGCGGCGCGGAGGCCUCCAGGACGCACUGACGCAGCCCCGCCGGCGCCCCGCCCUUUCGCUCCCGCAGCUUUGCUCCUGCCCUUCUGUCUGCCCAAGGCCAGCGAUCCCGAGGACAUCUCCCGGAGGGCGGCGUGGAGGAGGGGCUGCUGCUCCAGGAGGACCGGGCCCCCGCCUGCCUGUGCUCCCCUGGCCUUCGGGCCACACGCCCCGCGGACCCCUUGAGGCCCGGGAAGGACGAUGUGCAGUGGAGGCGGGACGGCGGCGCCUCCCCGUGGGCUUGUUCAUCUCGUCUCUGGACCUUCCGUGCUGGGGAGAUGACACUGCCCCGAGUCCUAACCUUAAAUGGGGCCUGGAUCUCAGCUGCUGAAGGUUAAGGGACACUGAAGACUUUCAGAAGGCUCUUGGUGCCUCUCGGCCUAGACGUUGCCUCCGGCAGGGAGCCCUUGGCCCGUGCUAGGUUGGGGUCGGCCGGGAGAGCCUGGAGCUGGACCUGCUGGUCAGCCAGGCAGUGACCCUCCGCGUGUCGCUCAUCCUCCCGGGUGUGUGUCCUGUCUCUGAAGAUGGUGUGGGACCGUCUAGCUGCGGAGGCAGGAGGAAAUACAUUGCCGAAAGAUCACCGGGGCCUCGCCUUCCAGGGAAGGCUCCUGCCUGGAUUCGAGGCGCCUGGGACACGGCUCUCCCUGGGCUGCUGGCUCGUGCACUUUUUUUAUGGCAGAGAGUGUGACCUGAAAGUCACACCUUCAGGAACUUAGAUGUUUGCAUUUUGCGCCCUUGGGGUUGGAGCUCUGAAAGGAUGUGGGAGUUGGGCAGCCUGUGGGGAGGGGAGGGACCCCUCACCCCGUAAAACGGCCGGGGAACAAGGGCCUGGCCUCCUCCUUUGGGGCCUUCAUCACGUCCUGUGUUUCCCUGGUGGGGACAGUGGCCCAAGCCAGGCCUCGCUCGCGGCCACUUCCUCCGAGAGCCUCGCUCUCCGCUGUCUCCUGGCAGGAUUCAGCUCGGUUCCCUUGUGUCAAGCGUCUGCUGUGUGCCCAGCGUGGAGCUGGGUGCCUUGGGCGAUUCUGGAGGAGAGAAUGUCCUCGUUUGCCUUCGUGGCACCUGUGGCAUUUUGGGGGCGUGGUUCAAGGCAGGGCUUGUGAACACGUGGUUCUAAACACCUGUAGUUUCCGCCUGCGGGUUUUCCUCUGAGGCCUCCGAGGACUGGGGGAGGGGGGGUGUCGAGGCCCAGGAGGAUGGAUUUGGACUCAGCGAUAGAGUUUGUCCAAAUGACCCUUUUCAGGAUUUCUGAAAGCCGGUGCCAAAGGUCACCUUCCCUUCCCUUCUUGCCUUCUGCUUUGGGGUCCCACAUCCUUACCCCUCUUAGCUUGUGCGGUAGUCACUGGGGGUAGAGGCAGGGGCGUCUAGACAGCUGGAGCUGGGAGUGGGGACAGGAGCUGUUUUGGGGUUUUUGUUUGAGAGGAGCGUGUAGAAAAAUUCACGUUCCUCUGGUUGGGAGAAAUGGGCACACGAUUCAGACACCCUACAACCAGGUUUGUGGGUUUCACACAAAACCAUUCAAAUCCUCCCUUCCCUUAACUGGCCAUCUUCCCAAGACAAUGUCUCUCUGUACAUUCCUGUGCAAGACUGGUUACUUUCUCUCUUUCGCGCUGUCUUGUCAGACGUGUGUGUGUGUGUGUGUGUGUGUGUGUGUGUGUGUAGGUUUGUGUUUUUAGAUGGAGGGACCUGCGGCUCUGCUCUUGAGAAUGGCUCUCUUAUGUCCACCUUGUGGUUCCUUCUCUGGUUGUCGGAGCUGACCCUGAAUUUUGACUCUUCUGGCUGGUCUGAGUGGGGUCUUCAUGAAGGUGUGUCCCCCCUUGCCUCUGACUGCCCGAAAUCAGUGCAUCCACAAAAGAUGCGCUUGGCCUAACCCGGGACCUUGGUUUUCAGGAGCCUCAGUGGGGAGAGAGAACAUCAGUACGGGCGGGGAGGGGAGAUGGGGAAAGGGCGGAGGCUGGGAGACUGGAGACCAGGGGCCUGACAUCUGAGGAGGGAGGCGGUGGACAAGGAUGUGUCUGAGCCACAGUCUCAGGGCUUCUGCAACGCUGACCAUUGACUCUCACUCCCUCACCCCCCGGAAAACAUCUGGGACCAAUAUUUUUAACUUUGCAUGUUUGUUUUGGGGGCGGGCUCACCCCUCUCCUUCUUCUGUCCUGAGACUGUGGGCAAAGCUCUUCGUUUGGGGGAGGGGGGAAGAAAGACUGUUGGAACCACGCCAAUGACGUUUUCGUUUCUAAUACUUGAAAUUUAUUUUUUUAUUAUUUUGAUAGCAGAUGUGCUAUUUAUUUAUUUAAUAAGUAUAAGGGAUCCUGAAGACGGAAAGCUGUAUAGAUUGGGUCUUGUUAGUUGGUUGGCUUGGGGGCCUUUUACGUGUGAUUUCUGAUUUCUCUGUGUUCUGUAUACAUUUGUCUGAAUUAAUUACCCGGGAUGAGGCUGUGCCAGCUUUCAAACAGGGGAUGCCUGUCGGAAAUUUGUAUAUUUUGCAGUUGCCAGAACAAUAAAAUACCUGGUUGAAAUACA